ACUGUGCAGUGUACACUGACUGCGAAGCCAGUAGGCACCGACUCAAAACGAAGUUUUCAGAAAUUUAUUGUUCUGUCAGGUCUGUGUUGAUGAUUUGCACUUUGAGUGGAUGAGCCAUGCAUGUAUAGUCCUUCCACUUAUGCAAACGUACGUAUGAACGAUCAGUAUUAAACUUCAUUAAUAAGUAAUGCCGAAUGGUGAUACUUUUUUUAAACACUUUCUUGCUGAGGAUACAUGUCCUACUCAAGUAUAAAAUAUUACUGCCAAUAUUGUGUAUUUAUGCAGUCCGUGCAUAAAACUCAUUUCUGUCAAGUGACGUGUUAAUCACAUCCCAAUCAGUGUUGACGUAUUUUUGCAUAUACAUCGCCAACUCUUCUUACUUUUUUAAUCAAUAAUUGAAAGGGUGCAUGCAUCCAUCCAAAGGUGCGGUUUGUCUGACAGAUAGUGCAUUUUUUUGAUAAUUAUCAAGACAGUUAUUAAAGGACCGUCAAAAUGUUAGCACUCAUUAAUCGGAUUCUCGACUGGUUCAAAUCUCUUUUUUGGAAAGAAGAAAUGGAGCUGACCCUCGUUGGACUCCAAUAUAGUGGAAAGACGACAUUUGUAAAUGUCAUUGCGUCUGGACAGUUUAGCGAAGAUAUGAUCCCAACCGUAGGAUUCAAUAUGCGUAAAAUUACAAAAGGCAAUGUCACCAUUAAAAUUUGGGAUAUUGGGGGUCAACCAAGAUUUAGAUCAAUGUGGGAACGUUAUUGUAGAGGUGUUAAUGCUAUUGUUUACAUGGUGGAUGCAGCUGAUCCAGAAAAAAUUGAAGCAAGUCGUAAUGAGUUACACAAUCUAUUAGAUAAGCCCCAGUUAGCUGGUAUACCAGUAUUGGUUUUAGGAAAUAAAAGGGAUUUACCUCAUGCCUACGAUGAAAAUGGGUUAAUAGAAAGAAUGAAUCUUUCUGCUAUUCAAGAUAGAGAAAUAUGUUGUUAUAGCAUCUCAUGUAAAGAAAAAGAUAAUAUUGACAUAACUUUGCAGUGGCUCAUAGCACAUUCAAAAAGUGGAGUUCGCUAAUUAUUGGCAUUUUAAUAAAGUCUGAAAAAAUCUUCAAUAACUCAAAAAACAAAACUAAAAAUAACAAUUUUAUUGUUGGCUUGUAAAGGAAAAAGCAUAAUUUUGAAAGAUCCAUGAUAAAACCCAUGAUAAAAAGUUAAUUGAAUUAUAAAUUCUUGUUCGUAACUCAUUCAUUUAGCUGAAUCUUUGUAUUUAGAAAAAGAUUUAAUUCAAUAAUAUAAAAGUAAGUUGAAUAAAACUGUAAAGUAAUAUUGAUUGUUUGUAAACAGGAAAUUAAGUUAUAUAUUUUAAAAAAAUAAAAUGCAGGCAUUUAGAAUACCAUUGUAGAUGGAUGAAAUACCAUUGUAGGUAUUCAUGCUUAUAAAUCUUAAAAUGCAUGGCUUCUCUAAUAUUGUUUUUUUGCCUUUGUCCAAAAAAUGAAUUGUAAAUUACUAAUAUAAUUAAAGAUGUUGAGGAAAUGUUUUUUUAAUAACAUCAACAACUUGAGAGAUUUUUCUUUAAAGUUUUUUAAUUAAAAAUAUGUACAAUUUUCUAUGUAUAGUUAAUCUUGGUUUGUUUUUGAUGAAAUACAAAAGCAUUAUUAAUGGUAUUUCAAAUAAUUGUCAAAUGUAACGUAGAAUGUUAAUUUUAAUAGAAGAAAAAUCGUGUGAAAAAACAUUUAUCAAGAAUUGCGUUUAUUCAUGAAAAUUUAUUUCACACAUGAAUUGUAUGUAUAAGAAAUUCCUCAUACAUUGUGCUUCACUAUCUUUAUACAGUUUCCAUGACUGCGUCAUAAAUCCUUUUUUAUUCUGUAAACAAUUAUUACUCGUCUAGAUUUAUAGAAUAAAAUUAUUUGAGGUAUACUCAUGAAUAAAAGUCUGCUAAAUCAGAAAUCUA